UCACUCAUUCUCUGAGCAGCGUGCGAGCGCAUCGACAAAGCAGCCUAGCUAGCAGAAACCUGCAAAAAAAAAAUACAUAUAUAAAAAAAAAAAAAUAUAUCGAAAAAGCAGAAUAAAAACAGACGCCUGCACGUAUCCUUCAAGGAAAAUACCUUUUAAAAGCAAGAAACAUCACUCACCUAACGGUUGCAAUGCUUGAAACCAGGGAUCUCAUCUGGGUAUUGCUUCUCAUUGGCACUGCAGCCUCUCUGCAAGUGGACAUCGUUCCAGCUCAGGGGGAGAUCAGUGUGGGAGAGUCCAAAUUCUUUCUGUGCACAGUCACGGGAGAAGCAGAUCUAAUCACCUGGUUCUCUCCGAGCGGGGAUAAGAUUGAGACGGGCCAGCGCAUCUCCGUGGUGCGCAAUGACGAACAGUCGUCCACGCUGACCGUCUACAGCGCGGACAUCGAUGAUGCGGGCACCUACAAGUGCGUGGCCACCUUCGACGGCAACGAGUCUCAGGCCACCGUAAACAUGAAGAUCUUUCAAAAACUGACCUUCAGAAACGCGCCGUCCCCGCAGGAGUAUAACGAGGGAGAUGAUGCUGUAAUAAUCUGCGAUGUUACCAGCUCGCCCCCUCCAAAUGUUAUCUGGAAGCACCGAUCCAGAGAAAUCUUCCAUAAAAAGGAUGUUCGUUUCAGCAUCCUCUCCAACAACUACCUGCAGAUCCGCGGGAUCAAGAAGACUGACGAGGGCACUUACAGGUGCGAGGGCAGGAUCCUGGCUCGCGGAGAGAUCAGCUUCAAGGACAUCCAGAUCAUUGUUAACGUCCCCCCGACCAUCCGAGCCAGACAUACCGAACUGAACGCUACUUCUGAUAUCGGCCAGUCUGCGACUCUGAUCUGCGAUGCAGACGGAUUCCCAGAACCAGCUGUGUCUUGGGCCAGGGUGAAGAAUGUUCUUGAAGAAUCUGACAAGUACAGCUUUACCGAAGACGGCUCCCAGAUGACAAUCCUGAAUGUUAAGAAGGAGGAUCAGGGAGAGUACACCUGCAUAGCAAAGAACAAAGCCGGGGAGACGGAGCAGGAGAUCAGCCUGAACGUCUUCGUGAAACCGAAAAUCACCUAUGUGGAAAACAAGACUGCUCUGGAGCUUGAGGAGCAGAUCACACUGACCUGCGAAGCCAUCGGGGACCCCACCCCCUCUAUCGUGUGGAGUUCCGCCAGCAGAAUCUUCACAGAAGGAGAGCAGUAUACCUCAAACAGGAUUUAUCAGGCUUCAUGGACUCGACCCGAGAAAUACGAGAGUCUGGAUGGUAACGUGGUCGUGCGCAGUGAUGGCAGAGUCUCCUCCCUGACGCUGAAGGAUAUCCAGUACACCGACGCUGGCCAGUACGUCUGCACUGCCCGGAGCUCCAUUGGACAAGACUCGCAGUCUAUGUUCCUUGAAGUGCACUAUGCUCCCAAGCUGCAGGGCUCCGUCACUGUCUACACCUGGGAGGGGAACCCUGCCAACAUCACCUGUGAGGUCUUUGCCCAUCCUGGGGCCUCCGUUGUCUGGUUCCGGGACGGACAGCAGCUGCCAAACGCCAACACCACCAACGUCAAGAUUUACCCCACCCCCAGCGCCAGCUUCCUCGAGAUCACGCCAGAUUCUCAGAGCGACUUUGGCAACUACAACUGCACAGCUACGAACCGCAUCGGCCAGGAAUCCAAGGAGUUUAUUCUGAUUCAAGCAGAGGUCCCGUCUAGCCCAUUGAUCAAUGAGGUGAGUCCCUACUCCAGCACAGCCAGAGUUGAAUUUGAGGAGCCUGAUUCCAGUGGGGGCGUGCCCGUCCUCAAGUACAAAGCAGAGUGGAGAGUCGUGGGGGCCAGCGAGUGGAUGAGGAAGGAAUUUGACGCCAGAGAUGUGUAUGCAGAGAACCUGAUCACCAUCACCGGUCUGAGACCCGACAGCAGAUAUGAGCUGAGAAUGUCUGCAAUCAAUGGCAAGGGACAGGGAGAAAGCAGCGAAUCCACCAUCUUCAAGACUGAGCCAGUCCACCUCCCUUACUCACUGACCACAGCGUCCUCUGCUCCGAGUCGCACAGAGAAAGGGGAACCCAGUCCUCCUAAACUGGAAGGGAAGGCGUACGAGUCUGGAAACACUCUGAAAGUGAACUGGAUCAAGCAGGAUGAUGGUGGCUCUCCCAUCAGACAUUACCUGGUCCGGUACAGAGCUAAACAAAUGGAUGACUGGAAACCAGAGAUCAGGCUGCCAGCCGACAGCGAGUAUGCCAUUCUCGGGGGCCUGGAGUGGAACACGGAGUAUGAGGUUUACGUUGUGGCAGAGAACCAGCAAGGGAAAUCAAAACCAAGCACCUUAUUUUUCAGGACCGUUCCAGAACCCACCUCCAUACCAGACGAAACGGCUUCCGGCUCUGGCCUGAGCACGGGUGCCAUCGUGGGGAUCCUCAUCGUCGUCUUCAUCAUCCUGCUGGUGGUGGUGGACGUCACCUGCUACUUCCUCAACAAGUGCGGCCUCAUCAUGUGCAUGGCUGUCAACUUCUGUGGCAAGCCCGGCCCGGGAGCCAAGGGCAAGGACAUGGAGGAGGGGAAAGCUGCUUUCUCCAAAGACGAAUCUAAGGAGCCCAUUGUGGAGGUGCGGACCGAGGAUGAACACACACCGAAUCACGAUGGGGGAAACCUGACAGAACCCAACGAGACCACCCCGCUGACUGAGCCAGAGCACCCUGCCGACACCACAGCUACUGUUGAGGACAUGCUCCCUUCUGUGGCCACUAACUCCGACACCAUCACCGAAACCUUUGCCACUGCCCAGAACAGCCCUUCCAGUGAGACUACCACUCUCACCUCCAGUACAACCGCCCCUGCCCCUGCCCCCGUCCAGCAGGCUAGCACACCCAAAGCAGGAGUCCACUCUCCAACCUCUCCCGCAGCUGCUUCCACUGAAGCUGCAUCCAAGGUUGCCCCACUGGUCGACCUCAGUGAUGCCCCAGCUGCCAACAGCCCAGCAGCUCCUAGUCCAAAUCCCAUCAAUGCUCCUAAAGCCCCAAGCGCCACCAAGACUCAAGCCCCCGCGGCCCCUCCAGCGGCUGUCUCCACCCCCACCCCCACCGCCGAGCCCCCGAAACCCAAAACCGAUGCCGUCAAGAGCCCCGAGAAUGAAGCGCCACAGCCCAACGGGGUGAAGAGCCCAGCCGAGGCAGCCAAGAACCCCACCAGCCCGAAAACGCCCUCCGCCCCCGACAGCAACGCGAAGCCGUCCCAGAACGAAGACAUCCGAGUGGACCUUGACCUCGCAAAGGAUGUUUUCGCUGUCUGGGGAAGUGACCCUCCUCCUGCUGCCAAUCAGGCUGCUGUGCUGGCCCCGGCCGCUGCAGACUCCACUAAGCCAUCCACUCCAGCCAAGGACGAGAAGGUUCCAGUAGAGGAAAAAACUAAACCAGAGGAGGCAGAGAUCAAGCAGCCUGUGGCCGAAGUGAAAACAGUCCCCAACGAAGCCAGCCAAACAAACUCCAACGAAAGCAAAGCGUGAUCCAGCAUCGGGAGAGAAAACUUUACAAACGAAGACACGUAGAAUUACACACGAGCAUAAACACCACUCAUAACAAUAAUGAUCAAAAAAAGGGUUUCUUUCUGCAGUGUCUUUUUAUCAUUUCUCAAAAAAAAAAAAAACGCGUUCUCCUGUUUGUAGAUUUGUAGAAGGGAAAUACAGUCGUGUGCACUUGCAAUUGUGUGUGUUUAUAUGUUUUAAAUGCAUUCUCAAAAAGCAAAGAAAAAAAAUAAGUGAAACUCUUCAGCUGGCGUGCUGAUUGCAAGUCAGGCUGCAGACUUUUCUUUUUGUUUGUUUCGUUUGUUUGUUUGAAACAGUGCUUGUUAUGAGAGGCACUGCAUUGCUAGGAUUGCAAGGGAUACUGGAGAUCUGUCCCACUGUCAGUUUGAUUGAGUAACCCAUGGGAACACAGCUUUAGAAAGAGGAACUUUGCAUAUACCAGUCCUAUACCUGGGCUUUCAUCCACAUGCGCACUGUUUGCUUGCUCUUAGUAAAAUGAAGGUUUGAAUGAAAAUUUGGCUUUGGAUAUAUAUAUAUAUAUAUAUAUAUAUAUAUAUAUAUA